AUGGCUCCUAUUCGCACAGCCAUCAUCGGCUUGUCAGCCAACGCCGUCACAAACUGGGCCAAGGUGGCGCAUCUACCAUAUCUGAUAUCGCCAGCUGGGAAAUCCAAAUUCAAGAUCGUGGCCCUGUGCAACUCCUCCGUAGAAGCUGCCAAAUCAGCAAUCACGGCAUUCAAACUUGACCCAGAGACGCGUGCAUACGGAUCACCAGAGGAUCUAGCUGCAGAUAAAGACGUCGACUUCGUUAUUGUUAGCACGAGAGUUGACAAACAUUAUGAGACCGCAAUACCUAGCAUAAGGGCAGGCAAGAACGUCUACGUUGAGUGGCCUCUAGCAGAUAAUGUUGUCAGGGCCCGCGAGUUGACCGAGUUGGCAAAAGAGAAAGGCGGCAGAACUGUCGUUGGCCUACAGGGAUUAUUCGCGCCCCCCGUGGUCAAGCUGAAGGAGCUGAUCGAGAACGGGCGCAUCGGCAAGGUGCUGAGCAGCGAGGUCCGCGCAAAUGGCGGAGGCAACGAUCGAACGACACUCAACAGCGGUCUGAAGUAUUUCACCGACAAGCGAGUUGGUGGAAAUGUCUUUACCAUUGGAGUUGGCCACUUGUCUGAUAUCGUCCAGUCCGUGCUCGGCGAGAUACACGACGUGCAAUCGCAGGUCCAGAUCCAACGUCCAGAUGUCAAACUAGUAGAUCCGUCAUCUGGUAAAGUCACAGAGGUUGUCAAAUCAGACGUGCCGGAUCUGUUUCUUAUCAUCGGCUCCAUUUCAGAAUCAGAGAACGUCGUUCAAGGAGCCUCGAUCGGUCUCCGCUACAGACGCGGCCAGGCGUUCAAGGGCGAGCCGUCGUUCCUGUGGACCAUCAACGGAGAAAAGGGGGAGAUCCGGGUCAGCUCGCACACCGGGCCAGGCGUCAACGCCAACUCCGAAGAUGUCGUGAUUGAGUUACACGACUUUGAGACGGAUGCUGUGGAGAAGGUGGACUGGGAAUGGGGCGCCAAUGCAGAGUAUCCGGCCACGGCAAAGAACAUAGCUUCCCUAUACGAGGCGUAUGCGGACGGAGAUGAGUCAAAAUAUGCGACGUUCGCACAUGCUCUGAAGAGGCACGAGCAGUUGGACGGCAUCUUCCCCUAUGCUUCAUAG